AUGGACUUUGCUGCUUGUAAUCCCAAUGGGAAGAUCUGGAUUUUUUGGACUCAAGAGUUAUCAUGUAGGAUCAUUGAGUCUGAUGAUCAACAGAUCACUUGUGAGCUUAAACAUAUUGCCCAUCAAGCUGCCUUCCUCAACACCUUUGUGUAUGCCAAGUGCAAGGACUAUCUUAGGAGACCCCUAUGGGAUAAAUUGCUUGCAAGGGCAAACACAACCCAACCUUGGUGUACUCUGGGUGACUUUAAUGUGAUUACCUCUACUGAAGAAAAACUUGGGGGACUGCCAUACAAUAUGGCCAAAAGUUUUGAAUUCAUCAGUGUUAUUGAAGCUUGUGGCUUGACUGAUUUAGGAUUUCAUGGUGCCAAAUAUACAUGGUCCAAUCUCAGGGGUCAUGAUGUUAGAAUUUGGAAGAGGCUAGACAGAGCCAUGGUGAAUGACAAUUGGUUGUCUAAUAUGCCUUACACUUCCAUCACUCAUCUACCUUAUGUGGGGUCAGACCACUGCCCCCUUUUGGCUGAAAUGAAGGAAAGAAAUGAUGACUCUAUAAAAUACUUCAAGUUUCUAAAUUGCUGGACUGAUAAUGCUUCCUUCUUGGAGACUGUCAAAUCAUGUUGGGAUAGAGAAAUGACUGGAAAUCCCAUGCUUGUCUUCCACCAGAAAAUGAAGAGACUCUCUAAAACUCUCAGCAGUUGGUCAAGAAGAGAAUUUGGUGAUAUCUUUGAAAAUGUGAAAGAAUUUGAGGAGAAAGUCAAGGAAGCUGAGGAAGAGUUGAUCAACAAUAACAAUGAAGAGAAUAGAACCAAGUUGCAUAAGCUUAAUGCUGAGUAUAUCAGGUUUCUAAAGCUGGAAAAGUCCAUUUUAAAGCAAAAGACUCAACUCCACUGGUUUAAGGAUGGUGAUGCUAACACUAGGUAUUUCCAUGCCUUAAUUAGGGGUAGGAGGAGAAGGUUAUACAUCCAUAAAAUCCAAAAGGAUGAUGGGGAGUGGAUAGAAGGGGACAGCCAAAUUGCAGAGGCUGCUUGUGACCAUUUCCAAGCAAUUUUUACUGGUGAACAGGUCCCUAUUGAUGAGAGAAUUCUCCAAAGGCAUUCCAACAAUGGUUUCUGA